CCACGCGCCGCAGGCGUGGCCGGGAGUUCCCGAAGAGGGGAGGGCACCGUAUGUCCUUGGGCGGAGAGGGGAGGUGACUCCAGCCGAAGAGGACGCAGAAUGAGGGCCCUGCGGGUCUCCCAGGCGCUGAUUCGCUCUUUCAGCUCAACUGCCCGGAACCACUUUGAGAACCGAGUGCCUGAAAAACAGAAACUCUUCCAGGCGGACAAUGACCUCCCGGUGCACUUGAAGGGCGGGGCAACCGACAACAUCCUGUACCGCUUGACCAUGGCGCUGUGUCUGGGUGGCACUGUCUACAGCUUGUACUGCCUUGGCUGGGCCUCCUUCCCCCAUAAGAAGUGAGCCCAAGAAGCCUGGUGGACCUGGGAAACUUGGACAAGCAUCAAUAAACAUGCAGGCUUCAUGGGGUACCAGCCCA